GCAUCACGGCUAGAUAAACGCUGGCACAAAGUCCCUCUAUGGGCGGAUAGGAGAACGGUCACGGCCCGGAGCUGUGCAGAAGUGAAAGUGACAGACAGGGACGAGCCGAAUUUACGUCAGGGUUGAGAAAACCUGAGAAAGUUUCAGAAACUCUUCACUGCGGAAGAUUUAACAGGUCUGAAACUGAAGAGCAGGUUUCUUCUGUUUCCUGUUUGUGGAGCUGAAAUGUUUUCGAUCCGGUGACGACUUCUUCACGAACAGCAAGAGACGCAACAGACAUGGUAAGAAGCCCACGAUCAUUUUCGACACGCAAAAUAUACUGUUACUGAGGCUAAAGGGGUUCAAUAAGGACACACAGAAACUUCUAUUUUUUUAAAGAAACAGACAGAUUGUAAACACUUGAACUACUCUGAUCGAAGUUGGUAAACUGGACUUUGUAGUUUGAUAUCAACUGGGACGACUUUGACAUGCUGAAAGUGCAGGAACAAACCAGGCUGCUAUUUCAACUCAGUUUAGUACAAGUUACACAGAAAAAUAAUUAGAGCUUAAAUGAGUAAAAGUUCAAAAUAAACUUAAAAUUAUGACUUACAAUUAAAAAAUUCAGAAUCAGAAUCAGAAAUACUUUAAUAAUCCCCUGGGGGAAAAUGUUUUUGUCACAGUACUCUAAUGCAAAUACAGUAAAAAGAUGAGAUAAAUAAUAGAUGAAAUAAGUAAAAAUAAAGAGAUAAUAUACAAGUAUUUACACUAUAAACAACACAAUUAGUAACAUAGUGACAAUGUUAAUUAAAUUGACAGUUAAAAUAAUGUCAUGACAUGAGGUGUAUGCAUCAGUGAGAAAUAGGCCUAUUUUUCUCCUGUUAAGUUUUAGCUCUUCGGCUGUCAAAUUCAUCAUCUGUUUGGCUUCACCAUAACAUUCCUGCGUGCUCUCUUCAAGAAUAUUUUGGCAUGCUGCACAAGGUUUUUUUUUUAUUGCUACCACAAGCAGAGAGUACAGCGCUUCUUUUCGUUUAGUACCACACGACCCUUAAGUGAACAGCUUCAGAUGAAGGUGUGGCUUCCUUGAAUAAUGCCAGGUAGGCCCAUAUGAGGGUAGACAGGAGGGAGGGAGGGAGGGAGUGAGGUGAGGAAGGAAGCAAAGAAAGGGACUGGAAUGGGCAGCAGUUCCUGUGCAAAGGCGCCACCAGCUGAACUUAAAACACAGACUUUUUUCUAAUACUGAGCUUUCUGGUUACCAUCACCAAAACAGAUGAAGCCUCCUCGUCCUGGGGUUUUUAUCAUCUGUAGUCCAGGGAGUGUCAGUGAAUCAAAAUUGAAACUAAAGUGCUGCAAGUUUACUAAUUUAUUUUAUCUGUUAGUUUCCUGCUCCUGUCAACAUCUGAGAUGGGGGUUUCCUCUCAUUACUCUCUAAAUUUCCUGGUUCUGAGUGCCUGUCAGUGGUAUCUAGACCUCUGCUGUUUUGCACAGUAACUUUCCCAAACAUUAGAGACAGUCUUUUCACUCCUGCGUCUACAUUUUUCACUGAAAUCGGGGAAGCCUGUUUUAAUUAGUUUUACUUUACCACAGCUUGUGUUUUUCACUUCCUAAACUUUGAGCUGAAUUGCUGUUUUUAACAUUUUCUCCUCGGAUAUGAGCACAAAGGUUACAAAGUCGUGCACUCUUGGUUUUUUCUGCUCACAGCAUGUCACAGCAUGUCUUGACCUAAAUCUUACUGCAGGAUUGAGACUGUUUAUGAAACAAACGUGAAACCAGGCUGAUCGUUAUCAGUCAGGGGGGCAGUUUUUAGCAAGUUAAAGCUAAAACAGUUCCUGCUUGGUGUUUCUUAUAAUUCUAAUAUGUUGCUUUAAAAUGACUGUAAGCCAUGAGCUGAAAUCUCUGAUGUAACCAUGUGUAUUUCUUCUAAAUAUAAAUGACUCAAACCCUUAUCAAAAACACGUUACUGGCUAAGUUUAGUGUUCUAUUAUAUUGUAAUGUGCAUUGUUUAAUGGAUGUUAUUUAUAUAAUUGUCAUAUUUUAUCAAAUAUGGAAAAAGAAAAAGCAUGAUAUUUGCAUUUUAAAUCAGCAUCUGAUGUUCAAAAUUAUGGACUAAAUUGGAACAAAACAGAAAAUGAAAGCUUUAAAGGGAUAUUCUGGCGUAAAAUUAAUUUAGGGUCAAACACACCGCAACACUGAGUUAAAAACCCCCUCGAGAGAUGAAUGUUGCUGACUGGUUGCUUCUCUAGUUUUACCAACUUUAGUGACAACCUUACGAUUGCAAUACACAGCGGCCUGAGGAGCCACACACAAACUUCAACCAAAACGCCACUCUAUAGCCACAAAUAAUGUUCAGAACAGCACCUAACUUCAUCAACAGUACAUACAGGGUCCUAGCCAUAGUACUAGCCACCAAACAUCUUUUUAACUUUGCCUAAUUUCUUUAGCAAAGAGACUAAAAACCACUCAACUACUCUCCUCCAGCAGCCGCUUGUUUGUAGUGAGACCUUAGUCCAGUCCAUUACGGACUACAGCAGGGUGACGCAGCUCAAGGAAGAACAUUUAUGAUAAUUACUUUAUAGAAAUACAAUCAGACUGAGACGCUAAGGCAGAAGAACUACCGCAUCUGCAGUGCAAAAUGAUUAGUAUGGUGAUUAUUACUUCAAGGAAAUGAUAAAGAAAUUAUCAUAAAUGUUCUUCCUUGAGCUGCGUCACCCCACAGCAGUCUGUAAUGGACCGGCCUGAGAUCUCGCUACAAACAAGCGACUGCUGGAGGAGAGUAGGUGAGUUGUGUUUAGUCUCUUUGCUAAAGAAAUUAGGCAAAGUUAAAAAGAUGUUUGGUGGCUAGUACUGUGGCUAGGACCCUAUAUAUACUGUUAAUGAUUUAGGUGCUGUUCUGAGCAUUAUUUGUGGCUAUAGAGUGGCGUUUUGGUUGAGGUUUGUGUGUGUUUCCAUAGACCGCUGUGUAUUGCUAUCGUGCAGUUGUUACUAAAGUUGGUAUAACUAGAGAAGCAAGCGGUCAGCAACAUUUAUCUCUCAGUGUUACGUUGUGUUUGACGCUAAAUUAAUUUUACGGCGGAAUAUCCCUUUAAGACCUGUAUUCAGGAUUAUGCAUGUUUCGCACACUAUUGGGAAGUUCAGUCAGCAUGAGCACAUCCUGGAAACAGUUUGAAAUGACUAGUUCAUCCACCCUGUCUCACUCUGGAUUUAUGCUGUAUGUGUUGAUUGGGUAGGAGAAUGGGAAAAACCGCCUGCAGCAAGCCCAGGAGGAUGUGGAGGAGGUUAAGGGCAUCAUGCUUGACAACCUAAACAAGGCUGAUGAGAGAGCGGGCAAACUAGAUGACCUGGAGGAUAGAGCUGAUGAGCUGCUGGCAAAGGUAAGAUGCUUCUAAGAAACUUUUUAAAAGUGAAAAAUAAAUCAGCACACCAGAGAGUUUCAUAGCUAAGGUUGAUGACUGGGUAUGUAUGCAGCCUCCCUUUCCCCAGGAGCUCAGGAAAAGUCAUAUUGGUAUCUAAAAAUACACCUUAGGUGGAGCUGGAGAGGAAAACAAAUGUACAAUUUACAUCCUGAUAGUGUUUUAUGGGGAUAUUUUUAGAGAGGUAUUUCCUAUUGUUUCCUAAGAUGAAUGAAGCAGGCUGGUCUCCCUGGGUAUGACAGAGUGAGUCCAGGACAUGCCACAAGGCAAAUGUCCGUCCGGAGGUCAAAAAGCAGGUCACGUCUUUCCCACAUUACCCCGCUGGCCUGUGUCAGACCACACUGUUGUAAAGUGAGUGUGUGUGGGUGUAACACAACAUGUGGGUCUAUCUUUUAAUUUUUAUUUGAUCUGUGAUUAGUAUCUGAGUAAAUUUCUUGUGUCUGUGAAAGGGUCAGGUCGUGUGUGUGGCUGCAUUAGAGAGAGGGAAUGAGUAUGUUUUAUUUCUAUUUAUUUAUGAUUUUUUUUUCUUUUGUAUCCAUGCAUUUUUAUGAACUUUAUUCUGAUUUUUAGAUAUUGAGAUUUCCACACAUUUUAGCUUUUACACUUUGAAUUUUUUUUUAUCAUACUGUUAUAUCUAUAUUUAUAUAUUUUACUCAAAAUUAGUCAGAUUUCUUAUUCCAAGUAGAUUUCUUGUCUUGAAAGCUUUUAUGUACUUGAAUGUCUUUUCAAUGUUUUUGUCUGACCGACUGUGAUUUUAGCUGCUGUAAUUAUGCAAGUUCCCACAAAGGAUUAAUAAAUUAUCUAUCAAUCUUAAUGUAUGAUGCACACAGAUAGAUAGAAAGAGAGAUCGAUUGAGUGACAAACAUUUUAGCCGUCAGUAAGAGAUAGUAAUACUGAUUUUGCAGAAUAAGAAUUUCAUAAACUGUGUAUACUGGGUUUCAUAUGUUCAGAACUACCAGACGUGUAAUGAUAGUUUCGUUACACAACAAACUGUAACCUCAUCUCUCUGUAUUUCCCCCCCCCAGAGUAAAGCUUUUGAGAAGACUGCAAAUCAGGUGAAGCAGAAGAAAAGAUGGGAGAACAAGAAGAUGAAAGUGGUGCUCAUUAGCAUUGCAGUGGCAGUCGCACUCAUUUUACUCAUAAUUAUAAUUUAUUUCUCUGUCGGUAACUCAGGAUGAGAGUAACACAAUGAUGAAACAAAAGACGAGCUAAGACAUAGACAGUAAGCGACAUAAUGUGGACAGAGAUAAAAGAUGUACAGACUGUGGGACUCUAGCAUGUCUUCUGUGAAACUGAUGUGAUUAAAGCUAAAUGGGGGUCGUAUCACUCCCAGUUUUUGUUUGUGCAAGUCCUCAGUUGAUAUGGUACCGUUGAUUAAUCGGCUGCUUUACCAGGAUCUUGUCUUUCUGAGACAUCAAAAGAAAAUAAAUAAUCAUAAAGAUAAGGUUUCAUUAAGAAAUGUUCAGGUAUUUCCCCACCUAUUCAGACAAAUGGAGCAAAAAUAUUUUGUUUUUUUUAUCCCUGUACUGUUUCAUUACGUAGUGGUUCCCAAAUAUGAGCACUCAGCUAAAGACAAAGUCCAAUUUGUAUGGUAAAAAUUCAAUGUUCUCAAUAUUAAGAGUUUGGAGUACAACAUAUUUUUAAGCUGUUUCUUAUUUAUGUGAAAAUAUGCACCUUCAAAUUGAAGAAUGAGAUGAUGUCUUAACGAACUUCCUCAUGUCUCAAAAGAAUACAUAUGUACAAAAGUGUCUGUGUCAUUAAAGUGUAUUUGAAGCUGUGUAAAAAGGUCUGUUGACUGAUAAAUGUCUGUGGGUUUGGUGUCAUAAACAGAUUAAUGCCUUAAAUCAAUAACACCUGAGGACUCUGACAGACUUAUUAGGAGAUCUGUGGAGAGACAGGGAGUGUGGGGAGUAGAGAGUGGGGGUGCCGACAUAUUGCAAAGGAUCAAACUAAUGACUGCUGCAUUAAGGACAAUAGCCUCUAUACAUGGUGUGCUUAGGCCACUACACCAAAGAGCCCCCUAUGAUGUAAAAAACAGGAACAGCACAACAAUCAUUAGUUAGAACAGUGUGUUUUUUUCUCUGCAUGUUGCUGUCUGUUUACAUUUCUGUUGCCAUGCACUACAUCUGCAACCGUCCCAUUUGCCAUAUGGUAGGCAGGCUAAAUAUACAGCACAGCAGUGCAUCUAUCCUUUGCCCCAGCUCUGGACUGUAUUUUUAAAUAUUUGGUGUGUGUAGCUGAAGCUCCUUCAACAAUUUCUUUAAGUGAUGUGCAGUAAGACAUCCAACAAAUUGCACUUUUAAAUGUGUUUGACAAAAGGGUGAGGUUGAAAUGCAACCACACAUACAGAGCAGAGAGGCUGCAGCAGACAGUAAAAAGCACAUAUCUGCAACAAGUCUGGUACAUGUUGAGGGGGUGUGGGCGUGUCUACAGUAUGCGUAUGUAAAUAAUCUAAAAAAUAAAAUAAAAUGUAAUAUAAACUAGUGGGCCAACUCUUAUGACAGCAAAUUCAAUGUCAUUUUGUAGUUUUAUUUGUGUACAACACUCACCUUAUCUCAAGGGCCCACGACUGUUUCUGCAUGUGAUGGUCCAUCUAUUAAAAAAAAAUUCAGAUGUUUUUCUCAACACAUUUGCAUGUUUACAUGAGCACAUUCACAAAAGUACAAACAA